GAUUCAGCCAAAUCAAAUCAGGACAGUGAUUCGAAUCACCGAAUUGAAUCACUGUCCCCUGAAUCGGCUGAAUCCAAAGCGAAUACUAGCCACUUUGCGCAGGCCUACUAUUUUACUGAGUGUUAGAGCACCACAACAAAAGCCAUACUAACACACUAAUGUGCAGUAAAUUAGGCUACUGUGCAUUAAGCAUCAAUAAAAAGGCAUACACUUUUGCUACUGUGUCUUAGGGAAGCCCAAUGCACAUUUAGUUAGUACCAUACAUUAGAAUUACUAUCUGUAACGUGCAGUAACAAAAGCUCAUUAAUGAAUGUGUAGAGGCACCCUGUAUCUCAAGGUUUCAGGCUGAGGAAUAUACACUGUACUGCCUGGCCCUAUCAAUGUCAGUGAUAAAACUUCUAUUGAAUUUAGGGGUGCCAGGACCUUUCUAAAUCUACCCUAAGCAGUCAUGGGAUGAAUUGCUGACACUAUAUUACAGAGCUGCCCAAUUAAAUGCCUUUAUUCUAGGAGUUGGUUCUCUGUCAGAGUGGAUGAGCUGCCAGGUAAUAAUUAACUUAGAUAUUCCAUAGAGGGUCCAUUGAAGAGUUCAUCUUCAAAAGGCUGCAAUUUACUCAUUGUCUGUGAAUAAUUUAUGGGGAGACAUAAAAAAACAAUGCACAAUCCAUCACAGGUGGUGGAAAAGCAAAAUAAACUUCCUGAGUAAAUAUUUUCUUAUACUUUUUCCCCUUAAAAUCUCUUCUGACAUUUUGAAGAUCUGUUUAGAUUCAGCAGUUAAGGUCAUGAAGUGACCUGAAUUAGUCUGAGAGAAUGCUGGUGACUUGCCCUUUCUGAAAGGUAAUAUUGAAUCAGCAUUAAUUUUCUUUUUCUGUAAUUCAUUCUGUAUCCACUAAUUCUUUUUUGUUCUGUAACUCAAAAUAUAGUCAGUGCUUAUAUAACAGGUGCAAUAUGAGAAGCCAAGGCAGAUAAAGUUAGACAGAUGGAUCUUUUAUGGCCAGUUUUCAAAGCUUGGAGACUGGAGUUAGGCAUCUAAAUAAAAGCAGUCUGAUUUUUUCCAAACCGCUGAUUGCUGAACAGCUCCUGUUGCUUUCACUGGAAGUUAUAUCUAUUCUGCUCUCCCUCUGAAAUCAGGACGCCUCCAUUUUGGUGUCUAAACAUUUCUCUCGGGUCUUGGUAACUAGGAUUGAACAGUUAGCCUAGAAGUUGCAUAAUUAAAAUUUCUUCAUCUCACGUUUGUUCCACUGUAAAUUUUCACCAUCUUAUUUAUUUUAGAAUGAAAAAAUGAGAAGUGAUUGCUUUUUUUGGCCACUUUUAUAAAUCCCAUAUAUGAGUAGAAAGGUAGUUUGCUGUAUUAGAAGUCAGGCAGAAGGCAAGGCAGGGUAGCAUCUUACUAACAGAUUCAAAGUGGCAUAAGCACUCAUAAAUAACAGUCUACUUCACAGCAUCUGACAAAGUAGCCUGUUGCCAAUGAAAGCUUAAACCUUUUUGAUUUAAUCACUAAGGUGCUGCCCAGUUCUGCCUUUUGCCAGUUUUCCUUUAGUAAUAACCAUGUCAUUUCUUGCAGGAGAAAAAAUAGCCAUGGUUUUAGAAUGGAUAAAAACCAUAAAGAAAAUUAACCAAUGAAUUCUCUUAGGACUUAAUGCAGACUCUGAAGUCAGUAGAGAAUGGUUCCUGUGGAUAGUCAGGCAUGUGCUUAAUUUAAAGUAUGUGCUUAUGUAUUGUUUAUUGUGACUCAGAACGUGCUUUGUUGAACACUGAUCAACUUAAGGAUGCAGUUGAUCUACGCUGAUCUAUCACCUGAUAUUUUAGUUUUUUCUAAAGUCAGUGACAUGCCACAGGCUUAGUAAGGGGGAAUGCCCCUUUCCUCCCUGAAUAUUUGGAUUUACAAAAUAUUCUCUCAAGACACAAAUUAAAUGCUUAUUUGCAGAAAGAGAAGUGAAACGAUGCACCCCCACAGAAAGAGCUGAAGAUAAACUUGUUGAAGCUCAAAGGGCUGUCAGCCUUGAUAACAGUUUCUGAGUAGACCAUACCAGAUAAAAGAGCCAUAAAGCAGCUGGUGCUGCUCCUGGUCAAAUAGAAAAAGACCAAAAACUCCCUUCGAGGAAAGAGAAAUUAAAAAAAAAAAAGAGAGAGAGAGAAAUAAAAAGAUUGAGAGUGGGAGGAUAUUUAGAAAGGAAAAUUUCCAUAAUAUAAAGGCAGUACAAAUUCAGUCACUUAUUAUUGUGAUUAACAUUUGCAGAGAUGGAAGAAGGCAACAGGUAAAGUCACAAAACUGAAAAAUCCUCAAGGGUUUAUAAAUAUAAUACAAACAUUUUGCUAAGCUAAAUAAAUAAAAGAAGCUAGGUACCCCCAAUAGAGAAGGCAGGCUCACCAACGUUGCACUGGCAUUAGAUUUACAUUUUCCUUGCUCAAUUACAAUUCUGUCAGACAUCAACUGAAAAAUGGUAUAUCAGUAUCUCUAGUACCUGCAUAUCCUAAUUUUAUGAAGUAUCCAGUGAUUUUUUUUUUUCUUGUCUCAAGUUCUGGGUGCCCAACUUGAGACACGUUAAAGGGUGCUGGUUUUCAAAACAUGCUGAGUAAGCACUCAUCCUUUGAGUCCUGAGCCCUUUUUGGGUGUCUCUAGGUAGGUAACCAAAACAUUUAUGGCACCCGAAAUCAUUAGUCACUUUUGCCAACAUUUGGUUUAGUUUGAACUUUAAUGGGGGUAGUAACAUUUUGAGGCUUUUCAAAGAAAUGAGAUCUCAUUUGCUGGCCAAGGUUUCCCAAAGCAAAACCUGAAAGGGUUAAAGUUAAACUUUCUCCCAGUGAAUUGGAUUACCUGGCAUGAAAUUCUCUUGCCUCCCAUAGGUAGACAAGGUUCUUUGGGUAAAUCUGAUAUCAUUUAUUAGACCAACUCAAUUCUUGGUUUACAUAACACUGACUGGAUAUUUUGUAUCUGGGGCACUACACAAAUCACGGUUACACUGAGAAAACACAACAUAAGCAGGUAAAACUUAAGAUAUCACAUGCAUGUACAUAUAUAUUUCACACACAUGCACAACACUCAUUUCUAAUCUCCUGCAGGAGAUUUAUCUUAUUGGAAAUUCCAUUACACUCGAUCAGAAUGCCAUUGCUGUGUUUUCUUCCUUCAUAUUCAUAUUUAUACUGGUCUUCCUAGUUUCUACUCGAGGGCUGUUAACCCAGUGAUCAAAGCAUACACCUAAGUCCAAGGGAACAACCUGUUAUUUCUACCACAGUGUGUCAGUUAGUUCAAUGAAGGUUUUUCAGAAAGUGUUAACCCUUGACCCCACCAAUGUGAGAAUAAGAUCCAAAUGUCCUAAGGAACUAUGACAAGCAAUGAUUUUGAUUUUUAUGAAUUAGUUCCAGUGGACUUUUAUUAUAUCUAAACAAAGAAUAGUAAUUUAUUCUGAGAAAUAUAUGACCAUAUUAUCACAUAAAUACCAAUUUUUCUGGUAUACAACAUAUACCCCGCUCCAAAAAAUAGAUGCUGGAAAUUGGGAUACACAUUAUAAGUAAGGAAAUAUAGCAGUCACCAUUUCUGCCACUUACGUUUCUGCCAGGCAAAAGGAAAAGUAAUUCUACAUACAAUCCACAGGCAGCAGAACAAUGAAUAAACUUGGCUCCCUAGCUACUGCUAUUCAGUUACUUAAUACAAGGUUCAUUCUAUCUUGCAGAAACAAGUUGCAUAUCUUAUUCUAGGCACGUUUUAUGUGAGAAAGUAUGGUAUAUGAAAGAUAUCUUUGUUUACUUCAUCCAGGAAUGUCCAACUUCUAAGUGGCUGGGGACCACAUGCCCCAGGGCUGCAUGCCAUGAGGGCUUUACUAGCAAGGACCACAGCCUCCAGGCUGUGCACCAUGUACCUAUGCAGUUGGUGGCAUCUAUACUGUGAUCCAGACCAAAGCCAGAAUUACAGCAGAUGAAUGGGGUGAAAACUACUUUCUGAUGGGUCCCUAUUUUGAACAUAAUGUGAAGACUCAAGUAGAAGUAUGUGAGCCUCUCAACCCGGCUAUUAAAAAGGCAGUGGAAACAAUGAAAGGCCAAGGGUGUCAGGUCUUUUUUGGAAGAUGGCUGAUAGAAGGCAGCCCAUAUGUUGUACUGUUUGAUAUAGCAUCCGCAGCUUGGAAUCUGGACAGAUGGAAAGGAGAAUUCUGGGAUGCAAGCAACAUAGGAAUCCCUUUCCAGGACAGAGAGGCCAAUGAUGCUGUGAUCUUUGGAUCAUUAACAGCCUGGUUCUUAAAAGAGAUCUCCAGUCAAAUUGAUGACAAGCCUAACAUAAUUGCUCACUUUCAUGAAUGGCAAGCAGGGGUUGGUAUAAUCCUCACUCGAUUUAGGAAACUUCCUGUUGCCACAAUCUUUACUACCCAUGCCACACUGCUCGGGAGAUACCUGUGUGCAGCAAACAUAGAUUUCUACAACAAUCUUGACCAGCAUGAAGAAAGCCGCUGCUGCCAAACACUGCUGAAACCCCACAUGAAUGGGCUGGAUCCAAAGUUUGAUAUAGACAAAGAAGCAGGAGAGAGACAGAUUUAUCAUCGGUACUGCAUGGAACGAGCCUCAGUACAUUGUGCCCAUGUGUUCACCACAGUCUCUCAGAUAACAGCCACAGAAGCAGAACAUAUGCUGAAGAGAAAUGCUGAUGUUGUCACCCCAAAUGGUUUGAACAUUAAGAAAUUUUCAGCAACACAUGAGUUUCAGAACUUACACAUCAUGUACAAAGCUAGGAUCCAAGAGUUUAUUCGUGGUCAUUUCUAUGGUCAUCUUGACUUCAACCUUGAAAAUACUUUAUUUUUCUUCAUUGCUGGGAGAUAUGAGUUUUCCAACAAAGGAGCUGAUAUAUUUCUAGAGGCCUUAUCCAGGUUAAACUUCUUGCUGAGGGUGCACAAAAGUGACACCACAGUUGUAGUGUUCUUCAUAAUGCCUGCAAAAACAAAUAAUUUCAAUGUGGAAACGUUAAAGGGGCAAGCAGUCCGCAAGCAGCUAUGGGACACUGCACAAUCUGUGAAAGAAAAAUUUGGAAAGAAACUUUACGAUGCACUCUUAAGAGGAGAAAUUCCAGACUUGAACAAGAUCCUUGAUCGGGAUGACAUAACCAUAAUGAAAAGAGCCAUCUUUGCAACUCAGAGACAGACACUACCUCCAGUGACCACCCACAACAUGCUUGAUGAUAGCAAUGAUCCCAUUCUCAAUACCAUUCGGCGCAUUGGACUCUUCAACAACCGCACUGACAGAGUCAAGGUAAUAUUACACCCAGAGUUCCUUUCUUCAGCAAGUCCAUUAUUACCUAUGGACUAUGAAGAGUUUGUCAGAGGCUGCCAUCUGGGAGUGUUUCCAUCUUACUAUGAACCCUGGGGUUAUACACCAGCGGAAUGUACUGUGAUGGGCAUUCCUAGUGUGACCACAAACCUUUCGGGAUUUGGGUGUUUCAUGCGGGAGCAUGUAGCUGACCCAGCUGCUUAUGGGAUUUAUAUAGUUGACAGGAGGUUUCGCUCUCCUGAUGAGUCGUGCAACCAGCUGACUCAGUUCCUGUAUGGAUUUUGCCAGCAGUCACGACGCCAGAGAAUUAUCCAGAGAAAUCGAACUGAAAGACUCUCAGACCUGCUGGACUGGAGAUACUUAGGCAGGUACUACAUGCAUGCAAGACACCUGGCUCUCAGCAGAGCUUUCCCUGAAAAAUUUGAGAUGGAACCAAGUGCUCCUCCCAAGACGGAAGGUUUCAGGUACCCCAGGCCCUCGUCAGUCCCACCAUCCCCUUCUGUCUCCCAGCCUUCCAGCCCUCAUCAAAGUGAUGAGGAAGAUGAAGAUGAGGAUGAAAGAUAUGAUGAGGAUGAAGAGGCUGAAAGGGACAAGCAAAAUAUAAAGGCACCCUUUUCCCUUGGAAUAAUGCCACCAGGAAAGAAGCAGCAGCAUGGAGAAUAUAGGAACUGAAUGCCAUUGUUGUCAUGCCUGAUGAUGUUUCAGCUCCUGAACAGUGCAUUCAUGUAGGUUGGUCAAGCUACAGAUUGAGGACAGUGCUAUGAGGUUAGGAAAUUUGAAACAAACAUUACCUUACAAGUAGUUUAAAUUGUAAUUCUCCUCCCUUCCUUGGAGGUAGAAGAGAUUGUUAAAAUGUAUUAAACCUGGAUAAUAUUA